AUGGCGUUUCCAGGAGGUCCAGGCGCCAUGCCAGCGGCCAUGAACCCGAACGCUGGCAUGUCGGAGCAGGAACAGCAGAUGGUGAAGGCGAUGCAAAUGGGCAUGGAAUCCUGUCUGGGUAAGACAGUAAUGGCCGGUGUCAUGGGAGGAGGUCUAGGUGCCAUGUUCGGACUCUUCAUGUCUUCAAUGCGAUACGAUACUCCCAUGUCGCAACCCCUUCCCGUCCAUACACCAGUCGCUCAGCCCACCACCGCAGCGACAGGUGCUUCCGCUACAGCUGGUGUAAAACCCUCGACCAUAGCCACGAGCAACGUAAACUCCGUUUCCGCUACAACACUAGCUUCCACAUCAACCUCUGCUGCAGCCACCCUCCCCAACCCCGGUGUAGCUGGAACUGUCCCAAUCACCGACCUCCCUCUUAAGCAACAACUUCGCGCCGGUCUCCGCGACAUGUACCGUUCUUCCAUUUCCUCUGGUCGCAACUUCGCCAAGGUCGGCGCCAUAUUUUCUGGCACCGAGUGCGCCAUUGAGGGUCUCCGUGCGAAGAACGACUUGUACAAUGGUGUCGCGGGAGGAUGCUUGACUGGAGGUAUCCUGGCACGGAAUGCUGGACCGCAGGCAGUGGCUGUGGGAUGCGCAGGUUUCGCCGUUUUCUCGGCAGCAAUCGAUGCCUACAUGCGCAUGCCCGAGGAUGAAAGGAGUAAGCCCAUUGCGUAA